AUGGAAGAGUUGAAGAUACCGGACGAGGCUAUCAACAUUGCAAUGGAGAAAGCUGGAUUUCCUUACGCACAGGAUCCAUGGAACUCGUUAUGGGUCUACUUCCAACGCGUCUGGAUCUCGCAGUUCUCGCCUGCUGUGUGGAACAUGCACGGCUUGAACAACAGCAUCAUCGUUCGCACGAACAGCCCGCUUGACCAUUUCCAGAGGGAGCUAGAAAGCUCCUUCACAGCACCAGACCCAGGUCUGCAAUUCUUUGUGGCGACUACGAAAGGAUGGCACGUCGUCAUGUUGCUGAUCUUGCAGGAGAGACGAGUACUCUUCCCGAUGCAGUCGAGGUGUACAGCGGUGUGGAAGCUUCAAGUGACGAAGGGAGUUUUGGGCUCGAAUCGGAUGAACAUGAUGAGGACGAAGUCGACUACAUCAAAACCGAGUCUGUUUUACUAG